GAUAAGGAAGACAUGGUGUAAUAAAAUAAAACCUCAAAAAACCCAAACUGAGAAACCGGAAACAGAAACCAAAUCAAAGAAAUCGAAAAGGAGGAGGAGGAAGAAGAAGAAGAUGUUAUUUCAAGUAGGAGGACAAGGGACACGUCCCACCUUCUUCGAGAUGGCUGCUGCCCAACAACUCCCCGCCAGUCUCCGUGCUGCCCUUACCUACUCCAUUGGUGUAAUGGCAUUAAGAAGACCGUUUCUGCAUAAGGUGUUGGACUGUGAAGAUGAAUUCUUUUCGUUGCUUAUGUUGGUCCUUGAGACUCAUAGCUUGCGUACUACAGAUGCUUCUUUUGCUGAAUCUCUAUAUGGAUUGCGAAGAAGGGCAGUGAAGAUAAGAGUAAAGAAGGAAGAUGCACGUCCAAAAUCAGGGGAUGGAAUUCAGCACUCUGGUUUAGAAAAGCACCAAAGAAUUCUUUCAGUUGUAUUUUUGGUUGUGUUGCCUUAUUUUAAGUCAAAAUUGCAUUCAUUAUAUAACAAAGAAAGGGAAGCCAGGCUUCAAGCAAGUUUGUGGGGAAAUGGCGAUGAAGCAGUUGAAGAUGCUGAAUAUUUUAGUGGAGGGGAUGCUUCUCUUGUUUUUGGAGAAACAUUGGAUGCAGAAGCAACUAUUAGAGCACGUUUGACAAAGAAAAUUCAGAAAAUUGUAUUUAGUUGCUACCCAUGGCUGCAUGCUAGUAGUGAAGGAAUGUCAUUUGCAUAUCAGCUCUUAUAUUUGCUGGAUGCUACUGGGUUCUAUUCGUUUGGACUACAUGCACUUGGGAUUCAUGUUUGUCGAGCUACUGGGCAAGAGCUGAUGGACACUUCUUCUAGAAUUUCUAAGAUAAGAAGCAAUGAACGUGAUAGACUUCGUGGCCCCCCAUGGCUGAAGACAUUACAAGGUGCAUUGCUGAGCUGUGCAUAUACAAUGCUUGACUAUGCACAAACUGGCUUAAUUGCAGCAGUGUUCAUCUUUAAAAUGAUGGAGUGGUGGUACCAAUCUGCUGAGGAGAGAAUGUCAGCUCCAACAGUGUACCCUCCACCCCCACCACCUCCACCCCCAAAGGUUGCCAAAGAGGGGAUUUCACUGCCACCUGAUAGAACAAUCUGCCCAUUGUGCUCACAGAUGCGUGCAAAUCCUUCUGUUGUUACGAUCUCGGGAUUUGUUUUCUGUUAUGCUUGCAUAUUCAAAUAUGUAUCUCAGUAUAACCGCUGCCCAGUCACAUUGAUGCCAGCAAACGUUGAUCAUAUAAGGAGGUUGUUCCAUGAUAUGUAGAGACCUAGAGAUGCUAAAGGAGAUAAUCCAUGUAUUUUUCACGAAAGAAUCAAUGAACAAGACAUAGAUCUACAGCCAUUACAAGCAGCAAAAUAAUGUACAAUUUGCACUAACUUUGAACCCCGUUCAUUUCGACAGCAAUCCGUGUGACCUAGUCCUACCAGGACGGCACUCGACCCAUCUUAUAGAUGUCACCCAUUUAAAUUUGUACACUAACAAGUUUUUUUCCCAUUCUUUGUUUCUUUUUUACUCUGGACUUGUAUCUCAACAAUCUCGUGCUAAACAAGGUUUGAUUCUGCAUCUAUUGAUUAAUUUACAACCGUGUUGUUGGGCUUCA